AUGCAAGUAUUUCUUUCAUUAUUUAUUUUGUUUUCUAAUUCAUAUAAAGACUGUGGACAUGUGCGAUCGAAAGGAUUCAUGAAAAAUGGAACAUACACUUUAUGGUUGAACGACACUACCCCUUUCAAGGUCCAUUGUAAACAUGGAGUCAGUACCUCCUACACAAUGAUUCUCCGCCGACAAGGCGGAUAUCUCAGCUUUUAUCGGUCAUUUCUAGAAUAUUGCCGCGGAUUCGGUCAUCCACAGUAUGAAUACUGGGCGGGACUGAAGGCAAUUUAUUACCUGACCUUAACUGGAAACACUGUCCUAACAAUCAACGUGCAGGAUUGGCAUGGGAACAACCGGAGCGUGCGCUACGGCCAUUUCUCCGUCUCUCCAGCGCCUUACUUCCAAUUGAACAUUUACGGGUUCCAGGGGAAUGUUCCGGAUGACCUGUCUCAUAACAACGGGAUGAAUUUCGCUACCUACGACAGGCCUGACCCUAACCAGUGCGCAGCCCACCAGGGAGGCGGUUGGUGGUACAACUACUGCACCUUCGCCCUGCCCACCGGGCAGUACUAUCACGGGGGACCCUACACCCCCACUGGCGGGUACUACGAUGGCAUAUAUUGGAAGGACUGGCUAGGAUAUGGAUAUUCUCUCAAAUUCUUAUCCAUGACCCUUUCAAAUGCCUAGAACAAAAACAAUCACAAUGUAGUAUACAGAUUGUCGUUAGUAAUAGUAAAGGGUAGAAUGUCUGAACAUGAUGAAUGUAUGAAUGCCGCGAGUCCGUGAUAUCUGUAAUACAAGAAUAAUACAGUGGACUUUGUGUUUCUUUUUUUUUUAAUUUUGUCAUUACUUCUAUUUUAGAACAAUAAAUUGGUAAUGUAGAUAUAUUUUAUAACUCACUUAUUGGCAAAAGAGAUGUAUAUAUUCGUUCUCUUCAUCUACUCCAUCAACAUGUAGAAAUGGUUUGCUCAUUGUUAAUUUGUUGUACAUUUGAAAUCUGUCAAACAUUAUUCAUUUGUCUCAAUUUUGUCACCGUUGAUAAAAUAAAAGUGUUCUUGUAUAAAUACUACAUGACUAUUAUAUUCAACAACUGUUUAUUGUGAAAAAUGAAUGAAUUUGCCCUUUUAACUUGUACUGAAUAAAGUUUAAAUUACAUGUACUUUAAACUUAAAGCUUUGUAAUAAUUAUUUUUCCAUUAAAUUUAUUAAUA